UUUUAGGUGUUAAGCAGAGGAAAAAAGAGCCAAAAAAGCUGCUUCGUCUCCACACGCCUCGGAUUUUUCUUUCAUUUCUUUUUUGCUUCUCUGUUCACUUUUUCUCGGAAUCCAAACACCCCAUUGUCAGGCUCGCCACUGGACAGCUUGAUUGUAACCUCACAAGCUUCACAAAAUAUUUCUAGGGUUUCACUUCAAGCAUAGAAUGCGGUCUUUACCUGCUCGCUUUCUCUGAAUUUUCUUUCGUCAAAAGUCAGAGCUUUGAAAAUUCUUCAACUUUUUUUCUGAGCUCCAAGCUGAUAUUCAGGAGCUUUGUGAGAUCGAUCGGAGAGUUCCGGCGAAAUUUUGAAGUGGGUUUCAGUUUAUUUUUCUAAGCAACCAAACGACGCUUUAAGUGGAAGAUCUAUAAUUGUCGAAGAGCAUUGUUAGAGAUAGAUUUUUUGAGGAUCGGUUCUAGAUUCAAAAGAAGUUCUUUAAUGUUAUGUACCAGCUCAGAGUGUCAAAAAAAGGAACUUUAUUUUUAAAAUUAACUUCCACAGCUACUUGUUUGAGAUAUUUUGAAGAUUUAGCAAAGCAUCUUUUCGGUGUUAAGCUUGUCAAUGGUGACUGGUUAUGGAGGAGCACUAGAGUCUGCAUCUAAAAUUAUGGUCCCCGCCAUUAAGUUCAUCGGAUAAGUCGUUGAGUGGGUCCUUGAUAACGUUUUCUAGGCCUCCUUUUUGUUGGAAAAAAGUAGCUUUUUGAUCUCAAUUUUUAUCGUAUAUUGAAUCUUCCUGGUUUCACAAACAAUUCAGGGAAAAUGUCCCAGAAAGUUUCGGUCCCGCCUUCCCUCCAGUUGAUGAAAUCAUUGCCUGGUGAUUUUAGGAUGAUGGGUGCACAGGCCUCCUCUGAUCCCUUUGGAAAAUCCGGUGAAGGAGAUUUGGGAAGCAGUGAAAUCUUCUCAUCGAGUAUUCCUGGAAAUGGUGUUGUAGGAGCUGAGGCCGUUGAAAGAGUUGAAGAUAGUGGUGGCAACAUGAACGAGGUUAACGAGGAUUCGCCUUAUGGUGUAAAUAUGGUUUCUGUUGAAGAUAGGCCAUCAGUAAGUAAUGAAGACUUGGAUUCUGUGGCUCUGCCUUCACCUUCGGUAUCUGCAUCUAGCAGUGAACAUAGGUGGGGAGACACCACUUCUUAUGCUGUAAAGAAGAAGCUUCAGUUUUGGUUUCUUCUUCCAAACGGGAAUUGGGAGUUGGGGAAGAUAUUAUCAACCUCGGGGGCUGAAUCUGUUAUUGCACUGCCAAAUGAUAAAGUUUUAAAGGUAAAAACAGAAACUUUGGUUCCGGCAAAUCCUGAUAUCCUUGAUGGAGUUGAUGAUCUCAUGCAACUAAGUUACCUAAAUGAGCCAUCAGUUUUGUACAAUCUUCAAUAUAGAUACAAUCAAGAUAUGAUCUAUACAAAAGCAGGGCCAGUAUUGGUUGCAGUCAAUCCUUUCAAGAAAGUUCCCUUAUAUGGAGAUGAAUAUAUAGAGGCCUAUAAGCGCAAGACAAUUGAAAGUCCACAUGUGUAUGCCAUUACUGACACAGCCAUCCGGGAAAUGAUAAGGGAUGAAGUAAAUCAAUCAAUCAUCAUAAGUGGUGAAAGUGGAGCAGGAAAAACUGAAACAGCAAAGAUAGCAAUGCAAUAUUUGGCCUACCUUGGAGGUGGAAGUGGAAUAGAGUAUGAAAUAUUGAAAACUAAUCCGAUCUUAGAAGCCUUUGGUAAUGCAAAAACAUUGAGAAAUGACAACUCAAGUCGUUUUGGGAAAUUGAUUGAAAUCCACUUCAGCGAAACUGGAAAAAUAUCUGGGGCCAAAAUUCAAACUUUUUUGCUUGAAAAGUCGAGAGUGGUCCAAUGCACAGAGGGAGAAAGGUCAUAUCAUAUAUUUUAUCAGCUGUGUGCUGGGGCUUCACCUGCACUUAGAAAGACGCUGAAUUUGAAGAGUGCAAGCGAGUACAAGUAUCUGAGUCAAAGCGAUUGUUAUUCGAUUGCGGGGGUUAAUGAUGCUGAACAAUUUUGUGUAGUAAUGGAAGCUCUUGAUGUUGUCCAUAUUGGCAAAGAAGAUCAACAUAGUGUAUUUGCAAUGUUAGCUGCAGUGUUGUGGCUGGGAAAUGUCUCUUUUAUUGUGAUAGAUAAUGAAGACCAUGUUGAACCUGUGGAAGAUGAAGGUCUAUUCAAUGUUGCUAAUUUGAUUGGAUGUGAUGUUGAGGAGCUUAAGAAAGCAUUAUCAACUCGUAAAAUGAAAGUUGGAAAUGAUAAUAUUGUCCAGAAGCUGAAACAUUCACAGGCAAUUGAUACAAGAGAUGCUCUGGCAAAGUCAAUAUAUGCCUGUCUGUUUGAAUGGCUGGUUGAACAAAUUAAUAAGUCACUUGCAGUAGGCAAACGGCGGACAGGAAGAGCCAUUAGUAUUCUUGAUAUCUAUGGCUUUGAAUCAUUUGAUAGGAAUAGUUUUGAACAGUUCUGCAUUAAUUAUGCAAAUGAGAGAUUGCAGCAACACUUCAAUCGCCAUCUAUUCAAGUUAGAGCAAGAGGAAUAUAUCCAAGAUGGGAUUGACUGGGCAAAAGUUGAGUUUGAAGACAACCAAGACUGUCUCACACUUUUUGAAAAGAAACCGUUGGGAUUAUUGUCCCUAUUAGAUGAGGAGUCCACUUUCCCAAAUGGCACGGAUUUGACUUUUGCCAAUAAGCUUAAGCAGCAUCUUAAUUCUAAUUCUAGUUUCAAAGGAGAACGGGACAAAGCUUUUACUGUCUCUCAUUAUGCCGGGGAGGUUACAUAUGACACAACUGGAUUUUUGGAGAAGAACAGGGACUUGUUGCAUUUGGAUUCAAUUCAACUUCUUUCUUCAUGCUCAUGCCACCUUCCUCAAAUAUUUGCUUCCAAUAUGCUUGCACAAUCGGAGAAGCCUGUUGUUGGGCCCUUGUAUAAAUCAGGUGGAGCAGAUUCCCAGAAGCUAAGUGUUGCAACGAAAUUUAAGGGCCAAUUGUUCCAAUUGAUGCAACGUCUAGAGAGCACCACACCUCAUUUCAUACGUUGCGUCAAGCCAAACAAUCUUCAAUCUCCUAGAUUAUAUGAGCAAGGACUUGUACUUCAGCAGCUUAGAUGUUGUGGAGUUCUAGAAGUGGUUCGAAUAUCAAGAUCUGGUUUUCCAACUAGAAUGUCACACCAGAAGUUUGCAAGAAGGUAUGGUUUUCUUCUGUUGGAGAAUGUUGCAUCUCAGGAUCCACUUAGUGUUUCUGUCGCAAUUCUUCAUCAGUUCAAUAUAUUACCUGAGAUGUAUCAAGUUGGCUACACAAAACUGUUUUUCCGGACUGGGCAGAUUGGGGUGCUUGAGGACACAAGAAAUCGAACCCUUCAUGGUAUUUUGCGUGUCCAAAGUUGCUUUAGAGGACACCGAGCUCGCUGCUAUCUGAAGGAGUGUAAGAAAGGAAUAGCCACACUGCAGUCAUUUGUUCGGGGAGACAAAGCCAGAAGGGAAUAUGAAGUUUUACUACAGAGGCACAGAGCUGCAAUCGUCAUACAAAAGAAGAUUAAAAACACAAUUGCUAGGAAGAAUUUGAAGAAAAUUACUGAUGCAUCAAUUGUGAUACAAUCAGUCAUUCGAGGCUGGUUGGUCAGGAGGUGCUCUGGAGAUAUUGGACUAUUGAAACUUUGUGAUAAAAAGGCUAAUGAGUCAGAUGAAGUGCUUGUGAAGGCAUCUUUUCUUGCUGAACUACAGCGGCGUGUCCUCAAGGCUGAAGCUGCUUUGAGGGAGAAGGAAGAAGAGAAUGACAUCCUCCACCAACGUCUCCAACAAUACGAGAGCCGUUGGUCUGAGUAUGAGCUCAAAAUGAAAUCCAUGGAAGAAGUUUGGCAAAAACAAAUGAGAUCCCUACAGUCGAGUCUCUCUAUUGCUAAGAAGAGCCUAGCCAUUGAUGAUUCAGAGAGAAAUUCUGAUGCAUCAGUGAAUGCUAGCGAUGAUCGAGACUACAGCUGGGAUACAGCAAGCAAUCAUAAAGGCCAAGAGAGCAAUGGACUGAGGCCAAUGAGUGCAGGUUUAAGUGUAAUAAGUCGGUUGACUGAAGAGUUUGAGCAGAGGAGUCAAGUAUUUGGUGAUGAUGCCAAGUUCUUGGUGGAGGUUAAAUCUGGUCAAGUUGAAGCGAGUCUAGAUCCAGACAAAGAGCUUAGAAGGUUGAAGCAAAUGUUUGAAGGAUGGAAGAAGGAUUACAGUGCAAGACUGCGGGAGACAAAGUUGAUUUUGCACAAGCUUGGAAGUGAAGAAGGUGCUAUCGACCGGGUAAAAAAGAAGUGGUGGGGAAGGAGGAACAGCACAAGGAUAAAUUGAAUGACACACUUUAUCAAAUUAUUAUAAAUGAUCUUUCUGAAAUUAUAUGCAAGUUUAUAUAUUUUUCAUAUUCGGGAAAUGAAAUUUCUAUUUAAGAAAAAAAAAAAAAGAAAAAAUGAGGAAGAGGAAAAGCAUUGUUCUGUAUUUGGGCUAGUUGUUGCGUUGUUUUUGCUAAGCCCUUUUGUUGAUGAUGAAAGAAACACCGCAUGGAGAAAUUUGUGACAAGAAUUUUUUAUGUUGUUACAAAGUGAUUUGGUGAACAACAUUGCUAGUUGUGCCAAUAUGUAUAUCAAUUUUUAUUUAUAAAGUGAGAGUUCUACCUCAAUGGAUGAGGUCAUUUUUUA